AUGCUGCAGUACUUCGUCGGUAAGCUGUUCGGCGACCUCCCAGCCAACUUCAGCUUCGUCAUAGGGAAAAGGUUAGAGUGCCAGAGUCCUCAAAAAUGGGGGUACUACGAGAUAUACGAAGGAGUAAACAAAAACAAUGAAGGGGUAUGCAUAUUUAUAUAUGAUAAGAAAGGGAAGGAAGGGAGUAGUAGGGAGAAAAGAUAUACAAGUAACCAUUUGGCUUUUUCCAAAAAAUUAAUUCAUCCAAAUAUUCUGAAAGUUCUAUAUACAUACGAAAGUGAUAAGAGAAUCUACAUAGUAACAGAAAAAUGUGUCCCGUUACACAUGGAGGGUGUAAAGAGUGACCCCUUAUGGGGGUUAUAUGAAAUUUUUAGUGCAGUGCAUUUUAUCAGCACGUGUAAUUAUGUGCACUGUUUGGUGAAUCCUUUAAGCGUGUUCGUAAAUGAAAGAGGGAGAUGGAAAUUGUCUCUGUUUGAUUGUAUUCACGAGAAAGGUGAAAGUAUCCACAAUAUUUUGAAUGACCUACAGAAUCAUAUACUUUGUACUUACGGAUAUGCAGUUCCUAUUCCAAAUGAAGUUCAUCCUACAUGGGUAGAUGCAUACGGAUUGGCGUUUCUAAUGGCUUGGUCGUAUAAAAAUUACCUCCAACAAACAAGCCAUUUUGGAGAUGGUGCUCACCCAGGUCUUCCAUCCAUUAGGAGCAGUCCCCAUGGUUGUGCCGCCAUUCCAUCACAGAGAGAACAUUAUUUAAAAACGCCAAUGUUGAAUGGGCAGGAUAAACAUGAGGAAUUAUCACCCAAAAAUAUUUUCGAAAUAGACCUUCAUAUGAAUGCACAGGAAUGCAUACCAAAGAGAUUAUUGCCACUAUAUAGUACCUUACUAAAGUAUAGUAAAAAAGAAAUAAAUUUGUUCAUCAUUUUAAAUGAUGAGAGUCUGAGGGCAGACAACACGAUAAGUACAAUGCUGUUCCUGACGGAAAUACAUAUGAAGUCGAAGAGUGAGAAAGUGCAGUUUUUGGAUAACCUGUUUAGUAAUCUAGAUAAUAUCUCAUCAAGUGUAAAGGCAGAGAAAAUUUUACCUGAACUGCUUGAAAAUAUUGAAGUGUCUGAAAGUAGGGUAACAUGUCUGAAAAUCGUAUUAACAAUUUCCAGAGAACUACCAACAGAGCAAUUUGACAAAAUGAUAUUUCCAACUGUGUCAAAAUAUUUUUCCAUAAACGACAGAUCAAUUAGAUUUACUCUCCUGGAGAACUUCCAUCACAUAGAGAGGCACCUGAACAACAACCACAUGAACGAAAUAUACAAUUCCUACUUGUAUGGAUUUUUGGAUAAUAAUACGUAUAUAAAAAAUGAGAGUAUAAAAAAUUUCAUUUUUGUUUUUCCAAAAUUGAAGUCAAAUUUGAAGUCAUCAUCUUUGAUGACUUUGUUGGAGAAUUUGACAGACUCUGACUUCUGCGCUAAGACAAAUACAAUAAUUUGUGUGGCAAAAAUUGCGAAACAUAUUUUGGAAGAUAAAGAGAAAAUACUUGAAAAUGUCUACAGGGUUGGAUUGCAGGAAUCAUUUGUUCAAACUAGGUUAGCCACAAUCCAGGCUGUUAAAUUUACAUAUGACCAAUUCAGUCCCAAGAAGUACGCUUCUAAUAUUUUGCCGCUCCUGGUUAAGGCCCUCAUUGAUGAUUCAGCGGAAGUUCGCGUCGCAGCGUUUGACGCUAUGGAUUAUGUGUGUGCGCAGCUCAGGGUGCAUUUGCUAAAGGGUAUGAAUUGUAGGAGCGAUAACAAUAGCAGUCCACCGGUACCCAGUGGCACGUCAAAUGGGAACCCUCCUUCCAUUUCUCCAAUGGAUUCCCUAAAAGGUUACACUUUUAUAAAUAAGAUAAAGGGAAUUAUCACCGCUAAGGGUGAACUGGAUGUUGCAAACGUGUCGCGGGCCACUCAGGAGAGAAGUCCCUGUGUGGAUGAAUUCUCUGGCAGAACUGUCCAAACGGGUGCGACGGAUAGCGAUCCUCUUAGCACCUUCAUUUAUGAUGUACCCCCGGUCGCAGGUGCACUUGGCGUGGAAGGAAGUAGAGCUCACCUUAAUAUGAAUUCCCAAACGGGGGUGAAUAACAGCGGGGAGAGGCAUUUGGCAACGUUCCAGCAUCAGAAUUACGGCCAAAGAGACAAUUUCAUUUUUGAGGGGGAAAUGAAAAAUUACCUCGACAGAAGAAGGGGUAGCCACUACGAACAGGGUAACCACGGUGACAAUUACAACUGCGAGUUGGCAAGUAUGAACAAGUCAGGUGAAACAAACCAAGAAGGCAACCUUCUUGAUGGCAACUUCCAUUUGGGCGAGUCUGCCAAAAGAACGACCAUGAGAACGACCCAAAGAAUCGACCUCGACAUAGAUGACUUUUUUAAGGAGUUCGACUUGAAGGAGGACAGCAAUGACAAGGUGACAUUGAGUUCGCUGUAG